AUGCGAUCAGACAAUGGUACCAACUUCGUAGGAGCUGAGCGGGAGAUAAAGAGUGCUAUCAAUGAAUGGAAUGUGUCUCAGAUAGAAGAUUCUAUGCUACAGAGGAAUAUCGAAUGGAAAUUUAAUCCACCUGCAGGAUCUCAUUAUGGAGGAGGAUGCGGAAUCUCAACGCCGUGUUUUAUUUUGCUCACACAUUGCAUUCUAUGUUGUCUGUGUCAGGGAAUUCUACCUCCUUGGGAAGUUUCAGGUAAUGAGACCACAGUGUUUAUUUCUCUGUUUGUGACACAGUUCAGAAGCCUUAUACUUGACGCCGACAUGACCUUUGACAUUCGCCAGUCGUGGAAGGAUCAGCGAUUUGUAAAUGCUUCUCGAAAUCCCAAUGAUUAUAUCUUGUACAAAGCAGAGGAAUUCGAAAAUCUGUGGAGACCAGACACUUACAUCGCUAAUGAAAUGCCCAAUGGACUUUUCGAAACAUCAUUAACUGAUAACAUCUAUGCAUACCCUAAUGGAAGUCUUUACUUGACAACAAGACACUCCAUUGUAUUUCAUUGUGACGUGAAGUUGUUUGCCCUACCAAUCAAAGACGAAACAUGCUCCUUGUACUUUAAGAGUGCUUCGUAUUCGUCCGAAAAUCUGAAGUUUCUCUGGAAGCUGGUAACACCUGUUACGUAUUCAAAAACCAUGAAAACUUACGCAGUCACUAUUAAGAGAACGGAAACCAAGUUAUGUUCGCAAGGGGAAUCAAUGCCAUGUCUCCAUUUGAUAUUAUAUGUUCAGAGAAAAUAUCAGACUAUGUUUGUUCAGGUAUAUUUACCUAGUACAUGCAUUGUGUUCAUCACAUGGUUGGGGUUUUGGAUUCAUCAUACAGAAGUAUCAGGAAGAACUCGUAUCUCCACGAUUUCAUUGACUGCCAUUAUUGCAGAUAGUGUUGGGACUCUUAUAAUGAAUCCAGACCAGGUUCAUAUGGCUGCAGUAGAGGCAUGGAAUGCUGGAUGCUUUAUCAUAAUCACUCUUGCGUUUUUAGAAUUUGUAAUUGUUCACAAUUAUCACAGACGACAAAUGAAUAAAAAGAAUUCGACAGAAGACGAAGGAAUCCAGGGUAAAUUGGAGACACAAAAUAGUAUCCAAAACAACUCAAAAGUCACAAGCAUCAACAAAAGAAAAAAAAUCUCAAAGUCCAAAGUAGCACCAGAAGUGAUUCAUGUGAUUGAUAUACCUAUCAAUGCAGAAGAUACAAAAGAAAAAAAGUCUGGCCUAGCUCCAGAAACAAUAGACAGAAUAUCCUGCCUGCUCUACGCUCUGCUAUUUAUAUUGUUCAAUAUUUAUUACUGGGCUUUCUUUUUAACCGAAGCAGACAAGAAAUAAAAUGAAACAAAGAAGACACACAUUCAAUCAAAAAUAUAGGUUAAGGUCUGACGAUAAAUUUCUCGAAUAAAAGUUUUUGUAUUUCGUAAUAUACAAAAAUAUUGAUAAUAAUUUUAUUUAUCUUCUGAUUUCUAACUGUUUUCUUAUAUCUGAAAACAUAUAUAAACCCAAUAUUUUUAUAUCAGCAA